ACUCUAGCCUAUGACCUAUGGUCUGCUGCCUGUAGUGUAAGAUUUAUAAUCGUAAGAAAUUGCUCCGACAUUGCACAUUAGCUUUCUAUUCUAAUUGUCUCACGAGUAUUUUUCUUAAACGAGGACUCUUCAAAUAACAGAAAUUAAAAUAUAAAAAUGGGAUUCGGUGGCACAUUGUACAAUCUCGUUCUCAGACGGACAUCCACAUUCACGGUCGCCGUUUUAGCCUCCGCUUUUAUAUUUGAAAGAGCAUUCGAUAUGGCCUCCGAGAAGAUUUUUGAUACUAUUAACAAAGGGAAACAAUGGAAGGACAUCAAGCACAAGUAUGAAAAUUAAAUGGGAUAUUUUAGGAACGAUAUGUGUUAGAGAGAUCUAUGUUUAAUAGAUGUAUUCUACCUCUGGAUAUGUAAAUAAAUAACAAAUUACAUGAA